AUGGCGGAACAAGCUGAGAGAGCGUUCGCGCGAACGUUUCUGAAUACGCUGGCGACACAGCCUGUCGCGUAUGCGGACGAUUAUCAGCAGCCUCCUCAGCAGUCGCUCAAGCGGGUUCCGGUGCUGCCUAUCCCUGUUCCACCUCCUCCGGCACGUAAACAGCGCGUCGAAGACACCGCAUCGUCGUCAGCCUCGCUCUCCGUCACAUUUAAGUCGCUCAAGCCGCCGUUCGCAGUGACGCUCCCCGUGCACCCCACGGACACCAUCUCCGCCGUCAAACUCCUCAUCGCCGCCCAGCCGCACGCCCCGCCCGCCGACGCCCAGCGGCUCCUGUUGAAAGGCAAAGCGCUCGCUGACAACAAGCUCUUGAAAGAGUACACUAUCAAAGACGGCGAUACCGUGAACCUCGUUUGUAAACCUGGUGUAAAUUGGGAUCCAACCGCUCCUACCCCUACCCCUGCCCCUCCAGCCACGACAGAGAAAGAUACUACAAUGACCGACACCCCUAACAGCAAACCCUUUUCAUUCGGCUCAGGCUCGCUCUCGACGCCCGCAAAGUCUUCCUCGUCCGGUGGCCACCGCCGCAUCCCGAGCGUCGUGCUCUCGCCGUCGCCGUCAGAAGGCACCCCCGCGCAGGAGCGCAGCCAGAAGGACAUCGUGCUGACGCUCGAUAUGGACGCGGGUGUUAUCCCUACCAGCCCAGGCUCGAAGACGAAGGAGAUUAUGUCGACGUUCCAUGAUACGGUUUCGGAUCCUGGGUUUUGGGAGAGGCUUUACGCGUUUUUGCAGAGCGAGUUUAAGACGGAGGCGGAUGUGCAUCUUGCGUUUGAGGACUUUUUGUGUGCUGCCAAGGGGUCGCUGACGCCGUUUGAAAUCGCGAAGAUUAGAGACACCGUUGGUAUCGUUGGUAUGGCUGGCACAUAA